UAUUCCUCUUAAAAUACUCCCUCUCCCUCACUUUCUCACUCUUCACUCUCCUCUGCUUUCUCUCUCUUUCUCUCUCUGUUGCUCGUGUAUGUCGUCUUUCCAGCUUGGAGCCGUCUUUACUGUUUCUCUUACCCACUUCCCAAUUCUCGCCGGAAUCUGACCCACAUCGCCGGAGAUGGAAGAGUACCGGCGGCUCUUCAUGGAAGAGGCAUCGUUCUACAAUCGGCUAAUCCUGGGGGCUUGUUUGCCGGACAGUGUGUGGGACCCACUUCCCCAUUUCUUCCAGACAUGGCUCCGCAACUACAUUGCCGCUAACUUCAUCUACUUCCUCUCUGGUUUCCUCUGGUGCUUCUACCUUUAUUAUUUGAAGCGCAAUGUUUAUCUUCCCAAAGAUGCCAUCCCUUCAACAAAUUCCAUGCUCUUGCAAAUAUCUGUUGCAACGAAGGGAUUGCCAUGCUACUCUAUUGUUCCUACAAUUUCCGAUUUCAUGAUCCAAAGUGGUUGGACGAGGUGUUUCGUGAGAAUGAGUGAUGUCAGUUGGCCUGCCUACCUCGUGUAUUUAAUGGUUUAUCUUGUUAGUGUGGAGUUCAUGAUUUACUGGGUGCAUAGGGAAUUGCACGACAUCAAACCUCUCUAUAAGUAUCUUCAUGCAACGCAUCACAUCUACAACAAGCAGAAUACGCUUUCCCCGUUUGCUGGUUUGGCAUUCCACCCAUUGGAUGGGGUACUGCAGGCGCUACCGCACGUUAUAGCGCUCUUCCUAGUGCCAAUGCAUUUCAAAACACAUAUAUUCCUCGUAUUUUUGGAGUUACUAUGGACGGUAAACAUUCACGACUGCAUCAAUGCAAAACUCUGGCCUGUAAUGGGCGCGGGCUACCACACCGUCCACCACAUCACAUACUGCCACAAUUAUGGUCACUUCACAAUAUGGAUGGACUGGAUGUUUGGAACUCUUUGCUAUCCUACCGAGGAUGAUGAGUCCAAGAACAUGUGAUGCGUAGCGUAUAUGCCUUCAUCCUUAUUGGCCUAAAUUCUUCUGUGAUUCAAUUUGUUAAAGCUCGUGUUCCAAUUUGACUUGUUUUGGCGUGUGGUUUGUUUGUAAAUUUUUGUUGUUUUUCUAGUUAAAUUAUCAAGUUAUUGACUAGAAAAGUCGGUUUUAGUGUUAGUCCAUGACUGCAGAGUCAAUUUAACUCUUAACAAUGUUUUAGUUUUUCUUGGGCAUACACAUACUGGGGGAGAGAGAGAGAGAGAGAGAGAGAGAGAGAGAGAGAGAGAGAGAGAGAGUGAGUGUGUGUGUGUGCACUUCAAUUGUAAAGUUUAUAUACCUACAUAGUUCACAUUGCAUAUGUUGUUAUGUGACCUUAAAUUUCUCUGAAGAAUCAUGUGAAAAUGUUUCAGAAAUGAAAUAGUGAUGUAUGCAUAUGCAUGAUUUUGCUUC